AGCAGUUCUAAACUCGUAGCGCAUCGUUUCUCUGCUUGGAACUGGGCGCGAUGCGUUGUUUGGAAGAUGGGAUUUUCACGAAAAAUGUAUUGAUUAUAAUAUGUUAUUAGCAAGAAGACUGGUGGAACAUUUCCAUCAUGAGGAGAUAUGUAUACCAGGAUGUCGGCAGAUUCUUCUAUGUCGUUUUUUGUUUGAAACCACACUAGUGGAAUAAACCGCUGUCCUGAUCAAGUCGUCUGCUACAGGGCAGAGAAGGUGGCCAUGGGGGUAGCGCCUCACUCUCUCCUGGCCCUGACUGGCCAGCUGCCCUGGCUGCUGCUCCUGGCUCUGCUCACUCCCUGGAAUGUCCUCGGAGCUGAAGAACUGAAGCCCACUAGAUGUCCCAUGUUCUCCCAGAAGCCUUUGCUCCUCGCCUGGAAUGCCCCGACAGAGGACUGCCGCCCCCGGCACGGUGUGCGUUUCCCACUGGAGCAGUUCCAGAUUGUGGCGUCGCCCAACGAGGGCUUUGUCAGACAAAACCUCACCAUCUUCUAUAAGGACCGGUUAGGGCUGUAUCCGUAUUAUGAGCGGGACGGCACCGCAGUGAACGGUGGGCUCCCACAGGCCGCCAGCCUCACGCAGCACUACGAGAAGAUGCCCGAAGGUGUUCACAAGUACAUAAGUGAACCAAACGCCAAAGGCCUUGCCGUCAUUGAUUGGGAGGAGUGGCGUCCGCUGUGGAUCCGCAACUGGGACGUCAAGGACGUAUACCGGAACCAAUCCCGGCAACUGGUGGCCAACAAAAACCUGGAGUGGCCCCUGGAGCGCGUGGGGAAAGUGGCCCAGCAGGAGUUUGAGCUGUCUGCCCGGAAAUUCAUGCUGGAGACCUUGCGGCUGGCCAAGAGCCUGCGGCCCAACCAGCUGUGGGGGUUCUACCUGUUUCCAGACUGCUACAACCAUGACUACCGGAGCGGCCUGGAGAACUACACUGGCCGCUGCCCUGACGUGGAGGUGGCCCGCAAUGACCAGCUGACCUGGCUAUGGACUGAGAGCACGGCUCUAUUCCCAUCUGUCUACAUGAGCACAGUGCUGCGCUCCACCAUGUUUGGGCGGCAGUUUGUCCGCAACCGGGUGAAGGAGGGGAUGCGUCUGGCAUCGGCGGGUGACGGGCUGGCACGGCCUGUUUUUGUCUAUACCCGGCCUACUUAUGCCAACGAGCUGACUCCGCUGACUGAGACAGACCUGGUGUCCACUAUUGGGGAGAGUGUAGCCCUCGGAGCAUCUGGGGUCAUCAUCUGGGGAGACCAUACCUACGCCAGCAGCAAUGCCAGCUGCUCCAGUCUGAGUGAGUACCUCCGCGGUCCACUGGGCCGGUACCUAUUCAAUGUCUCCACAGCAGCAGAACUGUGCAGUCAGAAGUUGUGCGGCUUCCAUGGCCGCUGCCUGCGCAAACACUCAGACACUGAUGCCUACCUGCACCUCAGCCCCCUCACCCACAGCAUCAGCAGCCAGGGGGGGAGGCUGAAGGUGACUGGGCAACUAAGCCAGGGGGAGCUGGCUGGGUACCGUCAACACUUCCAGUGCCAGUGCUACAGUGGGUACAAGGGCGAGGGCUGUGCCCAGGGAGAGCUGGGGAAGAGUGGUGCUGCCCCUGUCUGGAAAGUCUGGUCUGUGCUGACUCUGCUGCUCCCUCUGGGGCUUCUCACUGUGCGCCACUGAGGCUGGGAGGAGCAGGCGCUGACACUGUGCAAUAUGGGGGAAGCCAUCACCACCACACCUUGGUCCUGGUUCUAGUCCUGGCCUCUACUGGUGCUCAGGGGGCUUCCUGGUCAGGGAUGGGCACUAGCUGCUCUGUGGGACUGAUCCAUGGAGGAGAGGACAUGGGAGUGCCUGCUUCUCAACACGACGAAGGAAGGAGGGGACUGAAGAUACCCCUCAGUACCCUCCAGUUACCCACACAAGCGAAAGGGACAGCAUUUGAAGUUGGCAAAACAACAGGCCUUCUAUUUUGACUUGAUGUUAUUAGUGAGUGGGUGCGCUGCAGGUGUGGCAGAAAUGAAGGUCCAUACUGUAGUGAUCUAUCCCUCCCUUCACCAGAGCUGGAAGACAGCUGUAGCUAACAGCCAUAACUAGAACUAAGAUGCCUGCAAGGUGUAUGAAUGCUAACCAGCUGUAUUAUUGAGUUUGUGUGUGUCUAAGUGAACUGUCGUUAGUUAGAAGUGUACUGGGGUUAAUAGUUCGACUGUAGUUUGUUAGAAUGUGCCUCUUUUUACUUAUGUUGAAACUUAUGAGAGUUGAAUCUUCAACAACAGAGAAGCUAACGCAUCACACAAGAAUGCUACUUUUCUACGAAGAGACUGCCACUGUGAAGAUUCUGUCCAAAGAGACCUGUGCUGUGCUUGGGUAGUCCUACCUCUCGGCUAGACGGCUACACCCUUACCCAAUUCUUAUCUGGUCCAACUGCAGAUACGUCGAGGAAAAUCAACAGCAAUUUUCAGCACCUUUUUGUAAUGGUCUCUUUUUCUAUGGUCAAAUUUUUUUUAUGCCUCUAAUGUUGCUGUGGAAAAUAACUGGAAUAUUUGGAAAAGACUGCUUCAUUUGAAAAUUCAUGACCUUCAGUAAAGCUUAGCAUUGUGGCAAGGAACUAAUUUCAUCUACAUAGCUGUCUGUGUCACACGCGGACUGCUUUUGCAACACUUCAGCACCUCAGUCACAUCAACAAGAAACGACUAAUCUAAGAAUGUGUAAGAAAUGUUUGUAGUCCACAACAUGUUCUUUGACAUUUGUUAACACACCACUCAUCUGCACAGAUGACAGUGCGUUGUGCCUGUCCAACGAGUGUGUUUGGCCUAACGUGUCUGUGGUCAUCAUCCUUAUUGUCAUGAUUCUUAUUCUGGUGCAUCUACAUUUUCUGUGUUGAUGUUUUGUGAGGAUUGUAAACCAAAGCUGAAAGCACUUUCGCUCAUUUUGUCUUUACUCUAUUCUGCCUUCUGUUGCCUGAAACCAAAUUCCUUAGAAAAUGGCUUUGUCCUCUCGUAGGCUUCUUCAGGGGGCCUCCAUGGGCCUCAGUGAGGGUCUGUCGUUUUCACUGCUCUUAUUUAUGUCCCAAACAUGCUUCUCAUUUACUCUCCUACAUGUGCAUUGGAUGUAAUUGUAAUUAGUCGUUUCUUUUUAUUACAUUAAACUUGAAAUAUGAGAA